AAAAUGUUAAAGAGGAAAAUGGCGGGAAAGAAGGGCCCGAGAAGAAUUGGCGGGAAAAAGAUGACCUACAAAGAUGCAUAGAGCGAGAACCGUCGUUCAUUCCGAUUUCCACAAACACAGAGAGAGCAAUCGAGUGAGUGAUGGUGGGGCCCCAAUAUGAUUUUCUGGCGAACCCUUUGGGUGCUGUGAGAUCCACUUUCGACGCUGCCAUUGCCUCCGGUUCCGAUCCCUCUUCCUUCGAUGGCCGCGACUGGGGCGCACUCAACCUCUUCCGCCACUUCCUCUUCGACCAGUCUCGCCUCUCUCAGGUUCCCGUUCUUACCCCUGCCACCAUCAGAUGCGUGAAGCCCAAUACUCUAGUUCGGUUUCGCGGCAUGAUUCAGGACAUGCUUGGCAACGAAUUCUAUGUCGGCGCUUAUAAGGAUGGUUCUGUAUGGAGGACCAACAAGUUCAUGGAUGUUUCUCAAUUUCCUAUGGGUUCUUCAUCAGAUAUGCGAAUCUGGGAACGCCGAUUGCUUUACUGUGUUCCCGUUCCGGGACUGAAUCAAUGGACUGAAAUUUCAGCCGAAGCAGUUGGCAAUCAGUCUAUGGAUUUGAUAUCCGAUCAAAGAGAAAAGCGUAGGAGAGCCGAAGACGAGUCUUCUGAUAUGCAUGUAUCUGAUGACGAGGUUCAGGAUUCUCCAAAUACUAAAAAACUGAGAGAAGGUGAACACUCUUCCCGUGCUUCCCAAUCCCAGGGAGCUGUACCUGAGAUUGCCGGCAGUAGUAUGAGUUUGGUGCCUGGUUUUUAUGGCAAUUCACCUCCUUGUCUUGUGAAGAUAUAUGAUUCUCCAGAGUCUGAAUUGAAACUGAAUGACAUUUUUGAGUUUGUGGGUAUCCUGACAUCUGAUCCAGAGCUUCAGGACGAUAAUGAAGGUUGUGAUCUAUCAAAUGAAUUAUGUGAAGAUCCUUUGCGCCAUUUUCCACCUAACAAGGUGCCACGCCUUCAUUGUUUUAUUCACAGGAAACUAGCGGUACAGGACUUCCUUCAGAACAACCCUAUUGUAGAGCCAAAACCUGACUUGGUCAAAGGCAUCAGGGAAGCUUUGCUAAGACAUCUCACAGCUGUCCUUGGCAAUGAUGACUUAGCUGCUCAUUUCAUGUUGCUACAUCUUCUAUCCAAGGUGCAUGCUAGAGUAGAUGCUCUUGCUGUGGGAAAGCUUUCACUAAACUUUACUUGUUUUAACAAAGAAACUGUGUCCGUAUUUGGAAAACAAAUAAACCUUGCUCUCAAGAAUCUCGUGCCAUUCACGCUGUGCAUACCCCUUACAGUGGAAUACUUGAACACUGCUUCCGUUGCACCAAAAAAGAACUAUGAUACUAACAGACUGGAAACUGGAGUUUUGCAACUAGCUGAAGGUUCACACUUAAUUGUUGAUGAGACCAAACUAGAAGCUGGAACUCUCAACUCUGUGGGCGUAGAGAAUGCAAGGCUGCUGAAAAAUUUAAUGGAGUUGCAAAAGGUGGAAUAUGAUUUCAAGUACUAUAAAAUGGAAAUGGCAACUGACGUCCAACUGCUAGUUCUUUCGGAGGGGAAAUCAAAUAUCUUGCCAGCUGAUGUAAUCGUACCUUUUCGGCCUGCUGCAACCAAUUGCUCUGAAGUUGUGACCAUAGAAGCUUUGGAAGCUUGGAGGUGGUAUUUGGCUACUGUUAGACAAUUAUCACACUCUAUUGAAUCAGAAAUGCAGAAGGUGGUAGAAAAUGAUUUAGUUGCAGCAAGGCAAGCAGACAGAAGCUUGAAUCCCCAAGAUUUAAGCAGAUGGUUAACAAUGGGUCGCCUCAUGUCAUUGAGCUAUGGUGAGACCAGCUUGUCACUUGAACAUUGGCAAAUGGUCAAGGAAUUAGAGAGGCUGCGAAGGGAGAGGUUAAAAUGAAGUACAAAUUUGCGAGUUAGAGUCAGGCUAUCAUGUUAACGUUUUAAUUUCUGCUGUAGAUUCAGGGAAAUGAAUGCAGGUUGAUGGGUUCAAAGGGUCUCGCUGUUGGAUCGCAUUACCAUAUUUAAAGAAUGAACAUGAAUU